UCAAAUAGGUUGUGUAAGAGAUCUUCCAAAUGCCCAGGUAGAAUUUUGAGAUCACCCGAUUCUUCAGGGUCUUAUUUGUAAUCAAGCGCCAAAUUUAUGGCACGACGAUGUAUACACGAACUCAAGUGCACGUUCAUUCGAAAAUCGUACGGUUCUACUUUUGUUCUUCUGUCGUCUGUAGUCAGUUCGAUUCUUGUUUUACGCCGUCAAUGACUGCCACAUACCGGAAAAACAAUCAGUCAGCUGACCCAAGUUGCGUAGGAGCCAUCGUCAGCGUGCUAACAUAUUGUUAGGCCUAAUUCCAAUUUUACUGCAGGUAAUUCUAAUCAGUUUUUCUUGCCGCGAUAAUGAGCUCCAAGCAGGUUCUAUGGUACCCUUCCGUGUUCCUAAUGGUUCUGCUAACGGGUCAAACGCAUUCAUUAGGUUUUGAUGGCCACAAAGACAGUGCCGAAUCCCUCAAGUGGUACACGCUUAAGUGCUACCAGGGUCGCACACCUUACCGCUCUUCGAAGAGCGAACUGCAUCCGCAGCUGUUUGUAGCAAAAAGCCAUAUCUAUGAAAAUGUAUCCCGGGCCGCAUUGUUUAUACCUCAGUUCAAGGGCUUUGUGAAUGCUAGGGCAGCAGAUAUCAUCUGUACAUCAAAGCGAUUAGCUGAUACAACGCCACUGACGAAGAUUGCUUGUCCCUUCGAGUCUGGAUCUCAGAGAGGUAUCAUGGCAUUUUGGAAAUUCGUCCCUUUGAAGAUGGCAAGCAAUUUAAGCGCGGUGGAGAUUCCAGCCCGCCGCUCAUUGCUUAAUUACCUCAAUAUAGAAAAUUUGAAUGCAUCUGACGAAGGGCUGUACACGUGCCAAGCCAUCAGUGAGCGGAGACAAUGGGUCGAGAUAUGGACCAUCACAAAGGAUGAUCAGCAAGAACGUAGCUGGACAUUUAGGUGGACUAAUCAGGAUGACGACGUCAAAGUGUAUAGGAUUAGAGACUCGCGUAGGGUGACGGCGCUACCUUUUGCUCGCAGUACCUGGCUCGAGGAAAAACUUGAGGCGGCAGAGAAUAGUGAUUAUAUCUAAAACAAAAUCGUUCCUGGGUUAACUGAAUAGUCGGCUUAAAUGACUCUUACUUUAUUAAGGGUUAGGUAAUUGACUACCAAUUUUAUAAGGUCAUUUAUACUUUGAUACACUUUAAUAAUGUAAUUAUUAUAACUGUUGCAAACGUCUGUGCUAUUGCUACACGAGGAACUUGUGUCUUUUCUGGUCGACUGCAUUAGGCUUACGUUAAUAACUUUAUUUUAUAUAAAUUAAUAAGUCUCGAUAUCGUAAAAUGCAAAGUGAAGAAAUAUAUAUAGGAAGUACGUUUGUAUAUUUGUUAUGUUGUUUAUUUUAAAUCACAACAGUAAGAACGUGUGCUGCCUAGUUGUAUAUAACGAAACAUAGCCCAGUGGUUAUACAUUUUGACAAUACUCGUAGAGAAUAUUCUUCUUACGCUACUAAAGCU